GAGAGAGAGAAGGAGCGAGAGAGAAGGAGCGAGAGAGAAAGAGAGAGAGAAGGAGCGAGAGAGAAGGAGCGAGAGAGAAAGAGAGAGAGAGAGAAAGAGAGAGAGAAGGAGCGAGAGAGAAAGAGAGAGAGAAGGAGCGAGAGAGAAAGAGAGAGAGAAGGAGCGAGAGAGAAAGAGAGAGAGAAGGAGCGAGAGAGAAGGAAGAAGGAGCGAGAGAGAAAGAGAGAGAGAAGGAGCGAGAGAGAAGGAGCGAGAGAGAAAGAGAGAGAGAAGGAGCGAGAGAGAAAGAGAGAGAGAAGGAGCGAGAGAGAAGGAGCGAGAGAGAAAGAGAGAGAGAAGGAGCGAGAGAGAAAGAGAGAGAGAAGGAGCGAGAGAGAAAGAGAGAGAGAAGGAGAGAGAGAGAAGGAGCGAGAGAGAAGGAGCGAGAGAGAAAGAGAGAGAGAAGGAGCGAGAGAGAAAGAGAGAGAGAAGGAGCGAGAGAGAAGGAGCGAGAGAGAAAGAGAGAGAGAAGGAGCGAGAGAGAAGGAGCGAGAGAGAAAGAGAGAGAGAGAGAAAGAGAGAGAGAAGGAGCGAGAGAGAAAGAGAGAGAGAAGGAGCGAGAGAGAAAGAGAGAGAGAAGGAGCGAGAGAGAAAGAGAGAGAGAAGGAGCGAGAGAGAAGGAGCGAGAGAGAAAGAGAGAGAGAAGGAGCGAGAGAGAAAGAGAGAGAGAAGGAGCGAGAGAGAAAGAGAGAGAGAGAGAAAGAGAGAGAGAAGGAAAAGAGAGAGAGAGAGAGAAGGCGCGAGAGAGAAAGAGAGAAAGAGAGAAAGAGAGAAAGA